AUGCCUUCCGUCAAUUACAACGAGAUCAAGCUUGAAAAAGAAGGAAAUGGCAAAAGUCUCUUGCCCAUUCCGCUUGCGCCAGAUUCAGCGCAGAAACGCAAGAAAGAAGACUCCAAAAAGCAACGCCCGAUGAUUACCAAUUCCCAAUCGUCGCCCUCAGGAGAAACAGGGAGCAGCCAAGACGAUGUGGACGAGCUGCAAGGGGAUCACGAAGUUAUCGGGCAGAAACGUCAACACGAUCGGGAACGCGAGAUUGGGCAUGUGAAGAAGAAAAGGAAAGCAAGCCCAGCCAUGAUGUCUGAGCCAAUCAAUGAGGCUUUGAAGCGAAAUUAUGAAGAACUGAGGUCCGACAUGGGUGCCCUCAUUGAGGAGGUCCAAGAUCUCAGGACGAAGCUAUAUGGGACUGGUGCCGUGGCCUCUGAUGCUACAAUUCGUGAGGAGUUCCUGAGUAUCGCUUUCGAUAUAAGGCAAUUCGCUUGCAGAUUUGCUUCGAACUUACGAGAGAAUCUCGAUCCUGAGGCUGUGAAAAAACUCCGUCAUAUCCAUACCAUCACCGACAAAAUCGAACAUUUCCUCGCGCAGCCAUAUUUGCGCCAAAAGCUCUUAGAGUCAUGGAUCUGGUUGUCCAUACUCAAAGCAGUGGCUCCAACCGAUGCUCUGGUCUGGGGAGGCGACAUUGGAAGCUCUGUGUAUCGAACGGUGGUGCUGUCAAAGAGUCGUAUAAAUGACGAUUCUUCCCCGUUAUACGCUGAGCUCCAAGCAUGGAGAUCAAGAUCUGUGAUCCUAUUUGAAAGCAUCCACCGAGGCAACAGAGACACCCAGAUCAAGAAAUUGGCAACUGAAAUUGCCAUUGAUCUGUUUGAGGUUCUUGGAGAUAAAAAUAAUCAGAUUCCUGGCGUCCGAGAUGAUCUGUAUUGCUUGGUCAAGAAGGUCGUGGACUUGGACGUAGUGCUGCGCAAGUCCAAGGCAAGCUUCCACUGGAUUAUGCGAUUCCGCGGUACACCUGUGAAUCGAAGAUUUGGAGACCCCAUUGUGCCCAGAUAUAUGGAAUACGAUGAGAAUGCUGAAUCUCUCGGCCUCACGUAUACAGACUCUGAGUUCAUCGUCGAUCUGAUCGCUUCUCCUGCACUUAUCAAGUCUGGCAACUCUGAUGGUGUUGACUAUCAAAAGAGAACCGUCAUUUGCAAGCAGCAAGUCAUCUGCAACGUCAAAACAGAGGAUUCAAGCACCGAGUAA